CGGGCAGUCGGAACAACUCCCAAGUACGAAUCGUCCGUGGCUUGCAGGCGCGUAGGUAUCAUCCAAUAGAGAGGUUUCGAUGCUGGUUUGUAAUCAGUAACCGGUCGGCAUCAUGAUGUAGGUACCAUUUUGGGUAUAUGCGGCGACAGCUAUGAUACGAGGCUUAUCUUUAAAUAAACGCUUUCGUCGCUGAGACGCCAGGACCUGCUUCCCUUCACUUUACCCAUUGAGCAUCGUAUACCACCAUUUCGUUUCUUCUCGUCUUUGUAAUUGAGAUCGCGCGAAUAGCGAAUAGAGACACUAUGACUUUCAUACUUAUCAAGCCCGGUAUCAUGCGUUUCCUACUAUCCGGCGCUCUUCUGCUUUUCGGGGGGCUGGUGGUGCGCUUUUUAUACAUAGGAAUGAUGUUGCGCAUAAGAUUUCGCAGAAUGAAAGCCCAAGGAAUUCCUAUCGCUGAAUCCCAUUCUCUCCUUUUCGGCCACCUCCUACUACUCAGACAGCUCAACGAAGGCUAUCCAAGCGACAUACACUCAGACUAUACAUUCAAAAAGCUUAUUCAGAACUGGCCCAAAUACUUUCCGAACGAAUCGAAAUGUCCGCCUUUAAUAUAUCUAGACCUAUGGCCUUUCAUGCCAGAACCGGUUAUUUGCGUCGUCUCUCCUGAACUUUGUCACCAGUUCACCCAGGAGAAACCACAACCUAGACACGUCAUGUUUAAAUGGGCUCUCACGCCAGUGACGGGUGGUAUCGACCUUAUAUCUAUGGAUAUGGCCGAUCACCGCAUUUGGCGCGCGAAGCUCAAUCCGGCAUUUUCGUCUAAAAACUUAUUCGCAAACGUGCCUGAUAUAGUAGGAGAGGUGGAGGUUUUCGUCCGGCUAUUGAGAGAGAUGGCCGGUAGUGGUGGUGAUUGGGGCCCGAUGUUUCCACUCUACGAUCGAACUUGUAAUCUCACGUUUGAUGUGAUCAUAACCCUUGUGCUCGGAUUUCGUGCCCAAGAGCAGACCAACGGUCCGAGCCCGCUCUUAGAGGCCUUUAGGAACCUCAUCGGAUAUUCGAAGACUCGAAAUCUGAAGAAUAUGUUAGAGCGGCUACUACCGUCAUAUAGACGGAAAGUCGCGCGCAAUUCCAAGGUCAUACGCGAUAUCCUGAUGCCGAAAAUAUUGAACGACCUCAAUCCCUCGAAGGUUGGACACCAGAAGAGAGUUAUCGACUUUGCUAUGCAAAACGUAAUCAAUGGAAAGGAACCGUUCACCUCUCAAUUCAUAGAUGUAUUAGUAUCGAAUAUCAAAGUCUUUUUAUUCGCUGGCCAUGAUACAACAGCGCAAACAAUUUGCUGGCUUCUCUGGGAAGUCAACAAGAUUCCCGAGCUAUGGCCAAGACUCCGCGCCGAGCACGACGAAGUUCUAGGACCAGACCCUAGCCAGGCCGGGGAGACUCUUCGGCAGAAUCCUCAUAAGAUCAAUGAGCUUCGCUAUACUGCGGCCGUCGUCAAAGAGACUCUUCGAUUGCGCGGUAUAGGGUCCACAUUCCGGCAGGCUAGCAAUCAAUUCAGUUUCGUAUGGGAAGGCAGACAAUACCCAGCGUACGAUGCCGUCAUUCAGACCGCACCGUCAGCAAUGUCGCUUCAUCCUGAGUUAUGGCCGCGUGUGAACGAGUUUCUGCCUGAGAGGUACCUGGUGCCCGAGGGCCACCCCCUACGUCCGGUAGAGAAUGCGUGGCGGCCAUUUGAGAUGGGCAACAUGCGAUGCAUUGGCGAAGGACUGGCAAUGAUCGAGUUGACAUUGGUCUUGGUACUGACUGCACGUGUACUCGACUUUGACUUCAAUUACUCGGAGUGGGAUAGGUUGAUGAAUAGGGACACGACUAAGCCACCGACCGAAGUUGAUGGUGAGCGUGCUUACAAAUGCGGCGAGGGCCUAGGUUGUGUCAAAGAUGAAUUGCCUACGAGGGUUAGAAUGCGAUCUGCUUAGUUUUCACUGGCCUGAUAAAACCUUGUGGUCCCAAGAUGUAGGGAUUUAUUCACAGUCAAUUGAUGAGGUUUAUUUCAGGUUUACGAAGUUUAGUUACGGAUGAGUCCCAAGGUUUAUGCUAACUUCACUUAGCUUAGGGCGACCCCGCAUAUUCCCACAGCGUUACCCCACACCCGUCCAGGUGAAAAGAAUCCCCUAACACUGCCCAGAUGGCGCUAUCCAUAUUCGCUACUACCCGCUGUCCGGGCAUUUUUAAUCAGGGGGUAGCGCCGUAAUUAUAGGGCACGUAGCUCUACAAUCCAGGUUUCAGGCAAUCAAAGAGAACUUGAAAGAAGCAACCAUGAAGACGACCCAUGCGUGGGAAGUUGCAUAAAGACCUUUGAUGUGUAUAUUAAUCAAAUUCACAAGUUUCUAGAUUAAUACCGCCGAGAAUCUGCGCAGUCUGAGAUCCCGGUGGGAGAGUGCCUUUUAGAACCGGUGGGAUUGCCUUAGGCCGAGACAAUGCAGAUAUCUCCAGACAAAUCUACUCAGUUCCCGG